AUGGCAUUGAAAUACGCAGCCGAAAAAGUCUAAUUAGAAAAUCAAUUAUGGGCUGUUUAAGAAUAAUUGGAUGGAAUAUCAAAUUCUAUUGAAUUAUAUGUUACUAAAAUCAGUUAAUUAAAUAUUGAAAAUGAUUAAUUAAGAGAAUAAUUAAUUGAAAAUUAGAAUAAUUCAAAGCAAAUAUUGAUUUUAGAAUAAUAAAUUCGUAACUUUUGUGUGGAGAUUGAAAAGCUCAAGAGCAUUAUUAUAUAAAAGAGUGAUCAAAUAGAAUUUUUAACAUCAAAAAAAAUAUAGACUGAAUAAUUGGUUAAUUAUGUAUCAGAGUUGGAAAGAAAAGUAAAUCAUUUAAGUUAAGACAACUAAAGAUUAAAUGCAAUAAUCAUUUAAAGAUGCAAGAACUCUUGGUGA